AUGCCCUCCUUUUCGAGCCCGGACGGGCGAUGCAUGUCAUGCACAGGUAGGGAGCGAGCCCGCCCUGACGCAGGGAAUCUUCUCAUCGCCCCCUCGACCUUCUUCCGCCGCCGCACAUGGAGCAUGGGAAAGAAGCGAUUGCUUUUUGCAUCCGCCGUCGGCGUCCGGCGCAUGACAACGAUGACGGCAACAUCUCAGCUUGCUGCAGGUCAUCGUCAUGGUCAAUAUUGCCAAGACGUCCUGCCUCGACAGUACGCAACUGCGCGUACGUGGAAAAAGGAACCGGCAUGGCAUGGCAAGGCCUGGGGCAUGACUGCUGUCCGGCCACCACCAGCUCCGCCCCUGCGUCCGUCGAGGUUGGGCGGCAAGCGGCCCAAGCCGGACAACCGGGAAGAUGAAACAGGGCGAGCAGGGACGCGGCGGAACCGACGGCCCCGACGGCUUGGAGCGGAGACGCAAUGGCCCACGGCAGGGACAGCGGCAUCGAGAUGGCCUCCGACGAGCGAACCACCCCUCGAAGUCGAUUGGCUGCCCCGAGUCGGCAUGUCUGGCUAUUGGGCACACUCCCAGUGCGCCAUGUCUUUGUCAAGUUGA